AGUCGUGCGCGCGCCGCCGAGGGUGAAGGUCCGGACCUCCCCGUGCCGCUCCGCAGCCGCGCCGGCGCGUCGUGGUGGUGCAUUCGUCUCGCAGCGAGCCGAGCCGAGCACAGCCGAGUCGAGCCGAGUCGGAGGGGUCGCCGCGUGAGCUACCGAUGCAGCCCUGCCGGGCCCGCCGCGCCUGAGCCUGGGCCUGGGCCUGAGCGCCUAGCGCCUACCGCACUGCUAGCAUGUCCAAAGCCAUCAUCGCCUACAGAGUGAAGAAGAUCGAGUCAAUCGGCAGGAUGACGCAAAUGACGCAAGAGGAGAUCAUGAUCAACACCAAGACGGUGGUGCAGGGUCUGGAGGCGCUCAAGAACGAGCACAACUCGAUCCUAAACGGGCUGGCGGCCGCGGUGGGUAGCGAGGCGCACCAGCCGCUGGGCACCGAGAAGGUCGGCAUCCUGCGUCAGUCCCUGGACACCAUCGAGCUGGGUCUCGGCGAGGCUCAGGUCAUGGUGGCGCUCGCGUCCCACCUCCAGAUCGUAGAGGCCGAGAAGCAGAAGCUGCGCGCGCAGGUGCGCCGGCUGGUGCAGGAGAACGCCUGGCUGCGAGACGAGCUUGCCAACACGCAGCAAAAGCUGCAGGCCUCAGAGCAGGCUGUGGCACAGCUCGAGGAAGAAAAGAAACACAUCGACUUCAUGAUGAGCAUCAGAAAGUACGACCAGGACAUAAUUGGCGAGGACUCCAUGUCGGAGUCCACCAGGUCGGACCGGCCUCGUCAAGACGACCCUGUGGUAGACCUUUUUCCGGACGACGACGCGGACGACAGAAACACAAUGUCUCCUACGCCACCCAACCAGUACGCUCAGCAGGUGAAUGCUGGCUACGAGAUCCCCGCCAGGCUACGCACUCUACACAACCUGGUGAUUCAGUACGCCUCGCAGGGUCGUUACGAGGUGGCGGUGCCGCUCUGCAAACAGGCGCUGGAGGACCUGGAGAAGACGAGCGGCCACGACCACCCGGAUGUGGCAACUAUGCUCAACAUCCUAGCCCUCGUCUACAGGGACCAAAAUAAAUACAAGGAUGCAGCAAAUCUUCUAAAUGAUGCAUUGGCUAUUCGGGAGAAGACUCUUGGAGAAAACCACCCAGCUGUUGCUGCUACACUGAACAAUCUGGCUGUACUCUACGGUAAAAGAGGAAAAUACAAAGAAGCAGAGCCUUUGUGCAAGCGUGCUCUAGAAAUUCGUGAAAAAGUUCUUGGAAAAGAUCAUCCUGAUGUUGCAAAGCAACUAAACAAUCUUGCCCUUCUGUGUCAGAACCAGUUUAAAUUUGAAGAGGUGGAAAGGUAUUAUCAAAGAGCUCUUGAAAUCUAUGAGAGUAAACUUGGUCCUGAUGAUCCAAAUGUCGCCAAAACUAAAAAUAACCUAGCAUCUUGCUAUCUGAAGCAAGGGAAAUUCAAAGAAGCAGAAAUCCUUUAUAAACAAGUUUUAACUCGAGCACAUGAGAAAGAGUUUGGAACAAUAGAUGGGGAUAAUAAGCCCAUUUGGCAAGUUGCUGAGGAACGAGAAGAAAAUAAACACCGAAAUAAAGAAAAUGUUCCAUAUGGUGAAUAUGGUGGGUGGCACAAAGCAGCCAAGGUUGAUUCUCCAACUGUCACCACGACUCUUAAAAAUUUAGGGGCUCUGUAUAGACGACAGGGUAAAUAUGAGGCAGCAGAGACUCUAGAAGACUGUGCUUUACGCUCCAGAAAAGAGGCUUUGGAUAUAGUUAAACAAACAAAAGUAGCUCUGAGCAAUAUUGGGGCUGAAACAAGUGCAUCUAGCGGAAGUAACGCAGACAAAAGACGCAGCUCGAGUGGUCGAGAACGGUCAAGCCGUAGAGGUUCUCGAGAAUCCCUUGAAUCAAUGCCUAGUGAAGCUAGUGAAGAGUCCAGUCCAUUAAGGCGGAGCGCCAGUUUCACGAAGCUGAGGGCUUCAAUAAGACGCUCCAGUGCCAAAUUGAUGCAGCGUCUGUCCAUGCCAACCAGAGCCGAGUUGGACGGGCUGGCCCACAGCAUGAAGCGCGCAAGUUCUCUGUCCGUUCUUAGUAGCCAGACUUGGGAACAGGUCGGUGUUGGCAGUUCCCUUUUGUGGAGCUCAAGAGUUCAAGCCCCAAGCCCAAGUGAGACAGCAUCAUGAACAAGUAGAUAAUCUUAAAAUCAUUCUACUUUCACUCCUCCAAACAUUAAAUGUCUGAACCUCAAGGAUGGUAUUGGUGUUAAAAAGUCGCAGUCAGUCUCGUUAAAAUAUGCCUUUUGUAUUGCUCUGGAGUGUGAGCCUUGAGUCAAUACCACCAUUUUCAGUUGCUGAUAUCAGAAACUAUAUCUAUUUCUUUCUUUUUGUAAACCCCUCUUGGCUGCUCAUGUUUCUGAUUGCGGGCGGCUAGUUGCACAUGCAGAUUUAUGUGUCUUUGAAGAUACCACAACCCUGUGAUUUCCAGAGGAUUUCCCAUGUUUUCACCCACCAAUCCUCUAAAUGUGUCCUUUAUUCAUAAUGCUGUUCACUUUUCACCAGAUAUUUUGUGGAACAUUGAUAUUCUUUGGAGACCACAGCAAUGUAAUUUUGUAUCUUAAGUUUAAUGAAGGAUAUUGACAGGACUGGACAAAGUCUCCAGUUCGUAUUCUGCUUGCUAUUUUUGGUAUGAACAAGUUGUAGAAUUUUUAAAAAGGUAACGUAUUGGCUUUUUCUUGUAAAUUGAAAACCCUUUAAGAACUUUCAGUUUCUUUGAAUUUCAGUCAUUAUAAUUUGGCUUUCUAAUAAUGUAGUCUCAUAAAGCUCCAACACAUUCCCUUUCAGUGCAGUGGGCAAUAAUUGCAAGAGACUGGAUAUAUAGUUUUACUCAUUUGUGACAAUUUUUUAUAUUUUAUUUGUAAAGUUUCAGUAUUACAUAUUUUCCAUACUAUUUACUGGUUUUACAUUAAUGGAAGAACAUAAAAAAAUUUCCAUUUCCUUUCACAGGACCUUGAAUGUUAUUUGAAAGCUCUAACUAUUAGUGGCAGACUAGCUUGAAUGCACUUUGUUUUAUUUAUGUAUGGUUCAGAACAUAAGUUUAUUGUUUUUAACGUGUUUUUUUCUUUUUUGUCUAUGAAAUAGUGUGCACAAGCUUACUUAUGCUCAUGAGUAAGAAAUUAAAAUGUCUGUUCUUUGGUGUUUAAGAUACUCAAUGCAAAGCAUUUUGCAUAAGCCUGUAAUGUAUUACAAUCUCUGUGAUAAUAUCUGUAUUCCAUUUGAUGGAAAGCUUUACUCCUGUUUUAUCAGCAAAAAUAUGUCUCUAGGACUUUAGUUAUAUACAUCUUGAGUAUUGUCUCUACCAACUGCAUAUUUUGAAGCUGUUACUGCAGACAAAAUAUUGUGAAUCAAAGUUUUGGUAGACUAACUGACAGUUUUAAACUUAAUUUCAUCUGUUUUAAUUUUAUUAUGUUUAAAAAUUGGUUUGUUUAAGUUGCAAUGUUCUAAAUGAAACUUUGUAAAUAGUAAUAUUUGAGAGUGGCUUAUUUUAUUUUAUUCUGUUGAGGUACCAGAAAAGGGGGAGUAAUGAUAGUUGUGCGAUAAUUGACUGCUCGGCAGUGUAUUCACAGCCUUUAGCCUUGUGUAAAGCAAACCAAUUGGAGAAUAGUCAUUGAACAUCUGAUGUUGGAUAUGGGAGCAAAUAAUGAUUUCUGAAUAUUU